AUGGCGGAAAUCCUCGAGAAGAUAGACGAGCUCCAACAGCUACCCGAAGAACAACAUCUAUUCUGCCCUCGAGUCGGCGAUGACGGAUCUGUAUACUACGACGAAGACGUUGCGGCAUACCCGCCCGAAACCGACCCCACCGAACUCGCCGACCGCAAGCUCAAGCUCGAAGCCGCCGAAGACAGGAAAUGGACCGCGCUCAAGGCCACCGAGAUACUGGCAUUCGACGGAGAGGAGGCAGCACCGCACAAGGAGUGGCUAGUCAGCCGGCUGAACAGCCUCAUGCAGAGCUGCGAUGUCUGUGUGAGGGUCUUCCACCAGAGCAGAGCGGAAUGGCGAACACGGCUGAUCGACUCGUACGACGAGGACAACAUCGGGGAUUUCUUACAAGUGGUAGACAACCAAUGUCUGGGUCGCAUACAGAAGGGCUUGGACGAUGCCAACGAUAUACUCAGCAAAGCCGAACCGAAGACGCGCUCAGUCCGACUGUUACCGAACGAAUGCACAUACGGCUUCUUUGAAGCACUCAGCUGCGAUGCCCUAAUACGGAGCGAAGAACUCCUCCAGCGACACUUCGACGCACCAUUCGACAUGGUACAGACGAAGAAGCGGUUGAAGGUUCAGACAUACCUCCCUGCUAUGACGCGGUUCUUGUUCAGUAGGGUUGACAGGCGGCACAAGUGGGCGACGGAGUCAUGGUCAACUUUCAAGAGGCCUAUGCUAAAGUCAGAGUGGGAUUGGGCUGUACGGGAUUACGUCACGAGUGUUAUGAUGAAGGUUCAGAUGAGCAACUUGGACUUGUCCAUCGUACCGCUCUUCUGGGGCGGCAUGCGACUAAUAGUAGCAAAGAUGGACAGGGACUUGAUCACGGACUCUCUACGGGGCCUUGAUGGAGACUUCUAUCGACUGAUGCUUGAUCACCUCUCACUGAAGUCUGAGGGCUUCCUCGAUCUGAUUGCGACCAUGAAGCAGCUGCUGGAGAAGUCACCGAUCGACUACUGGGACGGCAUGAAUGCUGUCACCCCUUCCAUUGCCACAGUGGUAGAGCAGGUGUUCAAUAGCCCUGUCUUCAAUCAGCUCCUUCUUGCAACGGCGGAGGCAAAUGAGCAGAACAUGAACAAUCUUCAUGCUGCGUUCGGCUGGAUACCCGUCUUCCUCGACUCUAUCAAGCUAUCCAACCUUGGUCCGGCUGUCCGACCAUUUGCACAAGCGCUGCUUGGCCGCUGUCAGUCCGACCGCUACCCUCCUGCGGCUAGAGCAUACUGCUACAAGGAAGGUCUCAAAGUACUGGAUUACGCCUUCAGGAAGAUGGGCGAAGGCAAGACCAUCGACAAGUUUGUUGGCCAACCAACCGUUAACGGCAUGCUGGAUUUGCUAUCGGCUUUCAUACAGUCUCUCGUCACGAGCCUCAAAACCUUCAAGCAAAACAAGGAAAACCAAGAGGAUAUGCAACUAACCCUCUCAGUGAUCGAGCAUGCAUUCAAGCUGGAAGCGCAGUCUCUCAUUAUCGAGCGGCAGCUUAUCUCUGCGCAGCGACCAUCGCCCACCGAAACGCCCCCAUCAAGCCCCCUAUGGAAAACGGUUCUACGAGCAAUAGGGCCCGAUAGCUUAGAACUUGCUACGCAUUUGCUGAUAGCUGGGAGGGGCUUGAUCGGUAUCGAAACACUGCAGAUGAAGUCGGGUGUCGACAAGGUACCCCAAACGGUACGACACUUCAACGACCGUUUCAGACUACUUUCUCAGUCCGUUACCGAUGUUGUGGAGAAAAUGUCAGAAUUCGACCCCAAGUUACUGCAAGCCUUGUUCGGACAACAGCCUGCAGCAAGCGCCAUCGUCUCACUAAUGUUUUCGUCCACGGAAGACACUCGCAACUCCGCUAUUGAGCUUCUGAAGGUUAUUAGUGGGGAAGAAGAGCGCCGAGGAGCUCUACAACAUAUCUUGAGAGCCCAUUAUAGGCACGUUGUUCGAGGCAUCUCGGACUCAGUCCGACAAGUUCGGCUGAAGAAGGCCUUCGCUCCCGCACCAAGUAUGAUCCGGACAUGUACCGACAUUAUUGACAUCCUUUGCAACUCUCAAGACGGUAUUUUGCGAGGCCGAGAAUACGACUCCAACGACGCUGCAGCAACAAUGAACCUAUGGGAGAGCCUAUGGGAUUCACUAACGAUGAUCUUCGCCACCACUGAAGCCUGGAGUAACUUGGGUUUCUACGAUAAACACAUGAUGAUGGACUUUUGCCGAGACACUAUGCAAUUUGCCGAUGUUCUGUUCGACCAAUGCAGCAUCUUUGCAACUGCGCUGAAACCACCGACCGGCGAUGAAGAAGAGGCAACAUCAAAAACAGCGUUACUCAAAGAGCUGCUUGCUCGGCCGGCAAACGCGAUGGAAGGUCUGGCAAAAUGGCUUCGACUUCGUGACGAGUUCCUGUCUAGUAAAUCCGUCACCUUGAUUAGCAAGCUUCUUGUUCGUCUACAUCGUGUGUCUAUCGAGAUCGACCCCGAUGCGCUCUCGUACAUGGAACGAGUUCUCUCAGGAGACGUCCGCGCGAAGCUGAGUCAGACGCAACAGGCCGAGCUGCAGCAAGCGCUUGAAGAGCAUCUGGGCCGCCCGCUCGUGAAGGAAGAAGAGCCCGCGCAACCCAAGCAAGCCUCUAUCAGCAAAUGGAUGGCUCCUGGAACGGCACAGUCUACGGCAGAUGCUAAAGCUAAGUUGUUGGCCAGCAUGACUUCCGGGUCUAGUAAGUUCCAGGAGCGACGUGAGCAGAUGAGAGCCGCCGAAGCGAAGGCUGCGCAACAGAAAGCCCUCAACGACAAUAAGAAGAAUACUCAGGAAGAGUUCAAGCGCAAGCGGCAGGCCGAAAAACUAAAGCGCGAACAAGAGAAAGCUGCUGCGAUCGCUAAGGCAAAGGCAGCCCGGGGGGCUUCAGGUCUCACCACCGAAGCUGGCUCUGGCCUCGAAGGCUUAGGUGUCCUGGGCAAAGAUCAAGCUGCGAAGGGAGAGGGAUUGAUGCAUUCUUCGGAUGAAUCAUCCGACUCAGACGGUGACAUCGAUGAGGAUUUGUUUGGCAUCAAGAAGACUAAGGUCAAGACUGGACCGAAGACGAACAUUGUCAACGAAGUCAAGAUUCAGAUGCCGACGAAGAAGAAGAGAGCUCAGCGUUCUGCCAAAGACAUGCGUGCUCGUCUGGCGCCUGAUCUCAGCAGUCUGCACCGUACUAUCCUUGGCUGGAACUACUUCCAUGAAGGCGACUUCCCACCCAAGUCUAGGCCAGACCAGUACUCUAAGGUUCUCAGUACUUUCCGUACACCUAAUGAUUACCAGAACACGUUCGAGCCUCUUUUGACUCUGGAGGCAUGGCAAGGUUUCGUCAAGGCUCGUGAAGAGAACCAGUCCAAGCCAUUCGAAAUCAGAAUUACGUCGCGAGCUGCUGUCGAUAUGUUCCAAGAAGUCGGUAGCACUAUGACCCACGUUGAGAACAAGGAAGUCUUCAUUUCUGAAGGAGACAUCAUACUCUUCUCGCGGACCAAGUCGCCCUCUGCGAAUGAGCCCACAUGUCUUGCCAGGGUAUUCCGCGUGAAGAGGAAGCAACAGCACAUCGAAGUUUCGUACCGGGUCGUACCAGGCAAUCCUCUGUCAACCUCACUGCAGCCGAACAACACUAUCCUCGGCUUCAAACUCGAAUCGAUUACUUCUCUAGAGCGCGAAUACGGUGCGCUGAAAGGUCUUCAGUACUAUGAUCUUUGUGACGAGAUCAUCCGCGCGAAGCCCUCUCCGCUUUUGACCUACAAGGAUAGCCAGAUCCAGCCGCUCAUUUCCAACUACGACGUGAACCCGGCGCAGGCGAAGGCUAUUAAGUCUGCCAUCGAUAAUGAUGCGUUCACGUUGAUUCAAGGACCACCCGGUUCCGGAAAGACCAAAACAAUUACCGCCAUCGUUGGAGCGAUUCUCAGCGACAGUCUUCGCAACCGCGGCACCGCCAUCGCUAUUCCAGGCCAGCAACGUUCAGAUGCUGCUUCGAAGAAAUUGCUUGUCUGCGCGCCGAGUAACGCGGCCGUCGAUGAGUUGGUCAUGCGUUUCAAGAACGGCAUCAAGACCCUCAGCGGCGAGUCGCGCAAACUCAACAUUGUGCGCCUAGGUCGUGGCGACGCUAUCAAAGCCAGUGUACAGGAUGUGACGCUAGAAGAGCUUGUCAACAAGCGACUAGGUGUAGAUCCAUCGAACGGCAACGACCGAGAAGCGACGCAAAAGCUCUUCCAGGAACACAAGCAAAUCUCCGAUCAAUUGAAGCAGGCCUACCAGCAACGAGAUACUGGGGAGGUCAAAGGCGAAGCUGCGAGCAAGCUAGACGACGAUAUCAACGCGUUGCGCAGGCGGAAGACGGCCCUGGGUACAAAGAUUGACAAUGUCAAAGAUGACGAAAAGCUCGCCGGCCGUAACGCAGACCUGAACCGACGACGAGCACAGGAAGCAGUCUUGAAUGACGCACACGUCGUUUGCGCAACACUCAGCGGCUCUGGACACGAAAUGUUCCAGGGUCUGAGCAUUGAGUUCGAAACCGUCAUUGUCGAUGAGGCUGCGCAGUGUGUUGAGAUGAGCGCUCUUAUCCCCCUCAAGUAUGGUUGCGCCAAGUGUAUCUUGGUCGGAGACCCGAAGCAACUGCCUCCAACAGUGUUCUCGAAGAAGGCGGCUGCGUUUCAAUACGAACAGAGUUUGUUCGUUCGCAUGCAAAAGAACCACCCAGACGACGUGCAUCUACUAGACACCCAGUAUCGUAUGCACCCGGAGAUCAGCUUGUUCCCCAGUCGAACGUUCUACGACGGCCGACUCUUGGACGGUGGCGAUAUGGCCGCCCUGCGCAAGCAACCCUGGCAUCAGAGCAUGCUACUUGGACCUUAUCGCUUCUUCGAUGUCCAGGGUCAGCACCAAGCUGCUCCGAAGGGCCAUUCGCUUAUCAAUAUUGCCGAAAUCAAUGUCGCGAUGCAAUUGUACAAACGAGUCACUUCCGACUAUCCCGAUUAUGACUUCAAGGGAAAGAUUGGCAUUAUCACACCAUACAAGAGCCAGCUGCGCGAACUCAAACAGCGUUUCAUGAACGCAUACGGUCAGAACAUCAUCGAAGAUAUCGACUUCAACACCACAGAUGCUUUCCAAGGUCGUGAAAGCGAGAUCAUUAUCUUCUCCUGUGUACGAGCCUCUCCGUCAGGUGGCGUUGGUUUCCUCCAGGACAUCCGACGUAUGAACGUCGGUCUCACGCGUGCCAAAUCGUCUUUGUGGGUGUUGGGUAACUCCGAAUCGCUUAUGCGAGGAGAGUUCUGGAAGAAGCUCAUAGUAGACGCUAAGGAGAGAAAGCGAUUCUCUGCUCAAGAUGUGCCAAAGAUGCUGAACCAGCAUUCUAGCAAGUUCCCGGCACCAAAGGAGGGUUAUGUGCAACCUAAUCGUCCCACACCAGAGGUCAAAUUAGAAGUAAAGUCAGAGCCCAUGAGCAGGGCAGCCAGCAAUCAGUCGAGUUCCUCUUCAGAAUCAGCGCCCAAGGCUAUCAAACAAGAGAUCAAGUCGGAGAUAAAGAACGAACGAACACUUGUACAUCACGAAAAGCGCAAGUUUCAAGACAGCAACGACGCAGGCGUAAUCAAGCACGAGAGUAGCGAUGCCGAGAUGGAAGACGCCCCGUCUGACUCUGCCUCCAACACUAUGAAUGGUGGCAGUGGACGAUCAACGCCGGCUGGCAUGGCCGAUGCCCAACGCAAGAGCUCAACGCCCAGUGGAGAGACGAGUAACGGAACGCAUGGCGCGGUCGCUCCUCCGCCGGGAGAUGUCAUUGGCGGCAUGUCGAUGGCAAAGCCCAAGAUCCGCAGACGACCUCGCGAACCACCAAACCCUUUUAUCAAGAAUAAGAAGCCAAAGAAUGGCUAA